UAAUUACCUCCCACGACCCUUUUAUGGUGAGAUCGGAAAAACAAUAAUUUCCAACAAUCUUGGCACAAAUUUUGUUUACUGAGUCAGUAGUUAGCUAUUUAAGUCUUGCCGGUUGAAAAUGGCGCAAGUUCAAAUUUGCCGCCCAACCGGAAGUACGAAAUCAAUUACCAACCUUACGACCAGUGGUGAAAAAACCAUAAACGCGUCUUUGUUUACUUGUUUACCAACAAUUUAUUGGCGAAUUUGGUUAAAUAUUGCCCAAUUUCGAAACUGAUUCGCCAAUUUUGAAGCAUUACGGUGUUAAUUAACGAAGGAGGAAAAAACGUAGUGAGUCAUUGGCCUCUGAUGCGUUUUUGUUUCGAGUGACAAACAACCUAACCUUAAAAUGUGAUUUCAAUCCAAAGUGUUGCAUUAUUUAUGUGCAAUUUUUGAAAAAUAGUGACUGUUGUGUAACCAAGUGGAGGGACUUGUGUAAUUGUGUUACAAUUAACGCUUGUAAUUGUGACAAAAACGAUGCAAAAGUGUGACUUGAUGUUCGGUUUGUAAUUGAUAAUUAUGCAAAUAACGCCACAGAGUCUCGCGUAAUUUCGAUAAUGUUUAUGUAAUUAAUUAUGCCAAUAAGUCGCAACAAUGACCAAAACAUAAAACGACUUUGCGCGAAGAUGUCCGAAAAUUUUCCAGACGAAUGCAAGUCGAAAUUGUCAAAAUUACCGGAUUCUACGAGUUAUUUAGCGCAAAGUGUCGACAAAUCCGACUUGAAUUUCGCCUAUGAUCAUAUGUACGCGUCAAACACGGAAAAUGGCGAAAUAAACACAACCCAAGAUGCGAACUGUCAAAGCGCCGAAAGUGAGGUUAAGUUUUGGAAAGACUGGCUGAUUCUCCAUCUCGACCUCAUCCAGCAACAAAGCGAUGAAAUUCUAAACAAGGAGAGAACAAUCCUCAUUCUGCAACAAGAGAAUGAAAUGCUUAAGGAGCGCAUAAGUUGUAUGGAACGCGGGGCCCCGUUCCACCCCAACAAGUUCUACAAUAACCACUCCACGUCGUUUCUGGACGAAGGGCUAGAUAUGACUCAGGAUUCGAGUCCCUGCGACGAAGACAACAAAAAUUGUUUGGACCUUUUGGACUUGAACUGUGAGAACGGCACCUGUCCGCCGCUCAAACUUGCCAAAUUCGAACAAAACAGCGACGGCGAAUCUCAAACCGGAAAUCCUUCCAUAGACAAUAAGUUUGAUUCUCAGGUUAACUAUCAUAAAAUUAGUGACAAAUUGAAAAGUGAGAGUGAAAUCGUAACAGAUUGUAACAGUGCUAGUGCCGGCUUUGACUUUACGGUUAAUUCGGGGGAAUUCGACCCAAUGAGAAAUUUAAGAAUGAGUAUUAGGAGGAAACGGUUAAGUAAUUCGUCAGCGGUCUCAAAUAACGACUCAGUGUUAGACGACAAAAGGUCCUUUCGGAAAUUCAAAAAACGGCACAAACGUAUUCUGAAAGAUUCUCAAAUUUUGACCACAACCGAUCAGUACAUUACUGAAGCCGGUCGAACAAAUUUGAGGCUGUCGAACGUUACAGACAUGCAAGAAAUUCCAAACAAUACGAAUUUGGAGGUGCCCCGCUGGAGGGUUAAAGUGUACGCUAGUUGUUACGCAAUGGAAGGGACUGAAAAUUUAGACGAUGAAGUCUACAACAAAAGACACAGUCGGUUGGAAAACGACGAACGUAGGAGAAAGCGAUGGGACGUUCAAAGGAUAAGAGAACAGCGGGUAAUAGAAAAAUUGAAGCAGAGACAGGAAAGAAUGGGUUCGGGGUCUCGGACGGAUGAACAAAUCGAGUCCGUGCUGUCUCUUUGGCCCACUUUAGACAACAUUAAAUAUCUGGAAGUCUCUGAUCAGCUGCCAGUGGCGGCCUUUGGCUCACCUAUUCCCAAAAUAGCCCCCAGUGAAUUUAGUUUGCCAUGGUUGGCUAACCCUGCGCUAAUCACGAAUAAGAGAGGGUCAACAAAACGAACAACAGUGAGAAAGAAAAACUCAAAGAGAUAAGUAUUAUGUCAACAACCGAAAUAAAAUUUUAGUCAAGCACCACUGCCUGAUGUUUUUGUAAAUAAAAAUAAAUUAUGAAGUGGUGGAAUGAACGAAAAUGUGAUUUUAUGAAUACAUACAGGUUAUUUGUAAAUUGAAACAAUCUCAUUACAUGACAGUUUGUAAAGUAUUUAUUUAGGUUGUAAGCUUACUUUUGGAGUAGAUUACUAGGCGCCGUAAUACCAAUUUAGGACUCCAUAUUAGGGUUUUAGGUUGCGAAUUUUAAUUUUUAAGUAAUGUAAUAUUGUGAUAUCGGAAUUGUUAUGUCCAUAGAUUUCCUGAUAAUGAUAUUAAUUUACAAAUAAUGAAUCAUAUAUUUUUAGUUGAAGCGCGUUAAAUAAAUAAAUGUAUUAGUUGUACUUAUUUGUGUAUCAGUCACUGUAUUUAAAUAUACACAAUUUUUUCGAA